AUGCAUAACGACGAGUUGAUUUGGAAUGUGAUAAACAAACACUUCUGUUCUUUCAAGCGGAAGACGGACAAAGAGGAUAUGUGCAGCAACCUGUAUAACGUGACAGGCAAAUGUAACCGCGUCAGUUGCCCCCUAGCAAACAGCAAUUAUGGCACGGUUCUCGAAGAACAAGGAAAGCUGUUUCUUUGUUUAAAGACUGUUGAACGGGCUCACCUGCCUAGCAGUCUGUGGGAGAGGAUAAAACUCUCAAGAAAUAUAACAGAGGCUAAGAAAACAAUUGAUCUCCACAUGAAAAAUGUUUAUCCCCAACACCAAAUCGAACGCUGCAAAAGAAGAACCAUUAAACUGAAACAGAUGAUCGACAGAAUGCGCAGGCUCGAACUCAAACCCAAGGAGAGAUUGGAGGGCGUAAAGAAGAAAACAGAAAGAAGGGAAGCAGCACGAGAAAAGAAAGCCCUUGUUGCAGCACACAUCGAAGAUGUCAUUGAAGAUGAGCUCCUCAAGAGACUGCACCAGGGGGUUUAUGGAGAUCUAUACAACGAGCACAGACUGAAAGAAGACACAACAGAAAAGGAACGGGAAGCGCCAGAAGUCACAGAAGCAAAGGCAGCAGAAAAAGGUGGGCUAACCCCAGUUGCUACCUCAGUUAUUUAA